AUGCUUGGACGCGAAGUUUUCACACCAGUAGAUCUGGUAUACCCGCUCCCAAGCAAGGAUGUAGAAUCAACCCAUGAGUAUGUUAAUUCCCUUGAAGAAAGUAUGGCGGAGGCACACGAAACAGCCAGACGAUGCUUGAAGUCUUAUCAACAGCAUAUGAAAAUAGACCAUGAUGUAAGGCUGAAUCAGAUUGCUUACGCUGUCGGAGAUAUUGUGUUUGUCCUCAACACUGCAGGACGGAAAGGAAAGGCCAAAAAGCUUUUAUCCCAAUGGAAUGGUCCCAUUGUGGUGCAAAGGAAGUACUCUCUAUACCUCUACAAGGUCAGAAUGAAGUCAAAGAUCAUGAAUGUUAAUCAUGACCAGAUGAAACACUACAAAGGUAGAGAUCUUCCGAACUGGCUUGUGAAAGCGAGAGAAGAGAGCGCUCAUACCCAUGUAGAGGAGGAUGUGGAGCUGGAAGUUUAUUGUCUAUGCAGAUAG